AUGUCUUCGCCUAUUCAACCUCCUCCAAAUAUACGGUCUCCUUCGGGUACUUCUCAGACAACAGCAGCAGCAACCUCUGUAGGAGCAACGGCAACAGCAGCAGUGGUAUCUCCAUAUGCUCAUCAUCUCCCACCUCCCAAUUUACCACCUGCUAAUACAGCAACUGCAAACGGAGCUUUGCCUCCACCACCCAGGGUAACAGAAUUACCUUCUAUUCUCUCUCCUCCGCACGGCGCUUCACCUUCGGCAUUUAGUAAUUCAGCACAACAGCAAUCUCAAGUACAACAACCACACACAACUCUACCACCACCUAGUUCACUUGCGUCAGAAUCUACCGUCCUACCUUUACCACCACCAUUAAUCCCAUCGCGUACAUCAACCCCUCCUUUCACAGAACGUAGACCUAGUAUUGCCCGUACCCCAGCUAAUCCACCUCCCCCUCCACCUUCUCAACCGGCAGCACCCCCAGCAACACAACAACAACAGCAACAAGCAAGCUCUCCUCAAAGUGGAGGAUAUAGGCCACUGAACGUGCGAGACGCAUUGACCUAUCUUGAUCAAGUCAAGGUGCGAUUUUCUGACCAGCCGGAUGUUUAUAACCGAUUCUUGGAUAUCAUGAAAGAUUUUAAGAGCCAAACCAUUGAUACGCCAGGCGUGAUUGAACGCGUCUCUGCACUAUUCAAAGGCCACCCAACACUCAUUUCUGGUUUCAAUACGUUUUUACCACCAGGUUAUCGCAUCGAGUGUUCUACGGAUCCUCGUGAGCCUGAUCUGAUUACAGUCACAACACCCAGCGGCGUUACAACGACAACAGGGCGACGAUUGCCAGAUCAAGAGCAUCAUUUCCCCCAUGCACAUCAUCCUCACGUUCCUCCACCACAGGCUUAUUAUCCUUAUAGUCAGAUGCAUCAUCCAUUACCUGUACCUCCUCCCAAUACAGCCGUCCCACCACAAAAUUUGAUGCCUCCUUAUCGUUCAGCCGUUAUGCCACCACCACCGACAGUGCCUCCCAUACCGCAUCACCAUCAACAGCAGCAGUCAUUACCUCCACAACAACAACAAACUAUGCCAUCGCAGCCAAUGAUGGUUCCUCCACGUCACGCGAGUCCUUCACGACAAUCUGUUGUAGAUGAUGACGAAUCACCUCUGGAAUUCAAUCAUGCAAUCAACUAUGUCAACAGAAUCAAGACUCGAUUUGCACAUGAUCCAGAUACUUAUAAACAAUUCUUGGAAAUUCUUCAAACGUAUCAAAAGGACAAUCGACCUAUUCAAGAAGUCUAUGCUCAUGUUCAAUAUCUGUUCAAUGGUGCACCUGACCUAUUAGACGAGUUCAAACAAUUUUUGCCUGAUUUCACAGGACAAUCAGCAGGCAGUCUAUUUGACUCAAUAUCACACAGUGGGUCUAAACGAAGUGUUGGCACAGGUGGUUCAGUAUCUCAAAGUAUGCUUCCACCCGGUAAAAAGAAGCGAACGAAUAAUAUGAUCAAGAGGCCUAAAUACAAGUCAGACGUAGACCCAUUUAGCUUUUCGAAUUUUGAUCCCGCAAGGCCAUCCGUGUCAACAGAAGAGAUUGAGUUAUUUGAACGUAUACGUAAGCACAUUGGUAACAAACCAUCCUAUGAAGAGUUCCUCAAGACCUUAAACUUGUACACACAACAAAUUGUGGAUAUGGAUACACUGGUCGAUCAGGUGUCUAUUUUUAUUGGUAACAAUCAAGAACUGUUUGAAUGGUUCAAGAAUAUGAUUGGAUACGAGCCGAGAGAGAAGCCUAUUGAAAAGCCGACGACAAUCAUACCCAAACCAGACCUGAAUCUUUGCAAGACGACAGGAAAUCCCCAUGAGAGUCCUAGUUAUCGUAUCGUACCCAAGGAAUGGCAGAAUCAACCAUGCUCAGGUCGUGAUCAGCUAUGUUGGGAGGUGCUGAAUGAUGAGUAUGUGUCGCACCCUAUCUGGGCAAGUGAGGAGGACGGAUUUGUGGCGAGUAAGAAGAGUCAGUACGAAGAAGCAAUGCAUCGUUGUGAAGAAGAGCGAUAUGAUUAUAAUAUGAACAUUGACGCCAAUUUGAAUGUGAUUGCGUUAUUAGAGCCCAUUGCUCACAAGAUUGAACAGAUGACGCCAGAAGAAAAAAAUAACUUUAAGCUGAAGCCAGGAUUGGGAGGUCAAUCAGUCAGUAUAUAUGAAAGGAUCAUCAAGAAGAUAUAUGAUAAAGAAAGAGGAAGCGAGAUCAUCGAGUUACUCUAUUCUAAUCCAGCGCAGGUGGUGCCUAUCUUACUAAAGAGGUUGAAGCAAAAGGACGAAGAGUGGAAGCGAGCACAACGAGAAUGGAAUAAAAUAUGGAGAGAGCAGGACGCAAAGAACUUUUAUAGAUCACUAGAUUAUCAAGGCAUUACGUUCAAAAGUAAUGAUAGGAAGGCAAUGGCGCCAAAAUCCUUGGUCAAUGAAAUCGAAAGUCUGUUUCAAAAGAACAGCAGUAAAAAGAAGAACAACAGCGACUGUCAAUUCAAAUUUGAAUUCAAGGAUCAGGGCGUGUUCAAGGAUUGUACAAGAAUCAUUUAUUCAUUUAUUGACAGACAGUCUGGUUAUACAAACAGCGACAGAGAAAAGAUACGCCUGUUUAUCGAAUCGUUCAUCCCUCUUUGCUUUCAAGUCGACAGUUCCAUUAUUUAUGAGCAUACUGUGGAUGAUAACCAGGAUGAAGAUGAAGACGGUGAUAAUGACGAUGAUCAAGCCAGUGUGAACACAACUGACUCUGUUGACAAAUCAAGGAAAUCGUCUACUCCUACCAAAAAGGCAGAGGAUGACCAUACCAUCGAAUCCUUACGUGAAAUUCUGACACAGGCUGUAGCAAGCCGUAGCACAAACCUAUUAGACGCUGCAGCUGUAGCUAUUGCUCCUGAUCAGACAAAGAGAAGCUUUUAUACAUUCUUUUGUAACACGGCCUUUUACUGCUUCUUCAGGCUAUAUCAAAUGCUUUAUGAAAGAUUAGACAGACUAAAAGCUAUGGAUGAUACGAUGCGAAAGAAUCCUAGUAUGGGUAAACGUGUGAAUAAAGUAGCUCUUGACCUUGGAUUAUAUAGUACGCGUUACGAUGACAUUGAUCUCUCCAAAGGUUACUAUCAAGCUAUCUUGGAAUUGAUUGAUAAGUUCUUUGAUGGUGAUAUUGAUCAAACACUAUUUGAAGAAUAUACUCGUUAUGUCUUUGUGACUGACGCGUAUCUGCUGUUUACAAUUGACAAGUUAGUUCAUACAAUGAUUAAGCAGAUACAAACUAUUAUUACUGACUCAAAAUCUCUUGAAUUGAUUCGAUUAUUCAAAUGGGACAAAGGACUGGAAUCUAUGUCACCUAGAUCAUUAGCUAUUUAUCGUUUAAGGGCUGAAGAUAUUGCUGGUUCAUCAGAUAACCUGUUUAAAAUUAAUUUUAAUAAUGAAUCUCAAUACAUAACUAUUCAAUUAAUUGGUAAAGAUGACUACAUGAUGGAGCCAACAGCCGAAGACAAGUAUGAGGAUUAUGUUGCAAGCUAUAUGGACUGGCUUAAUGUAACUGAUGGUAUUGAUCUUUCCAAGACAAAGAAAUCAUUUUUGCGCCGAAAUUUGAGACCACAGGAUGAACACUUGAAUAGAAUCUUCGUGCGAUCUAAACUUCAAUACAAGAUUGAUCAAAGUAGCUACCACAUGUAUUAUAUCGUUGGCUCAGAAGAUGUCUUUAUUCGCCCUCAACCAAAGAAAGAAAGAGAACGAGCAUCCAAUUGGGAAAAAUGGCUAUCAUCUCCUACCACAGGUUGGUCAAAAGGCUUAGAUGAAGAAACACGUACUCUGAUGGAAAGAGAAGCAAAAGUUUUAUUUAAACAAUAA